GGUUUGUCCCGCCCUUACGCGUGUUCACUGUCAGUACGGAGGCACGCCAUGGAGGACCAAGAAGCGCUAGGUUUUGAACACAUGGGGCUGGAUCCCCGGCUCCUGCAGGCUAUCGCUGACUUGGGCUGGUCGCGACCUACGCUGAUCCAGGAAAAGGCCAUACCUCUGGCUCUUGAGGGGAAGGACCUCCUGGCCCGCGCCCGCACAGGCUCCGGGAAGACGGCAGCUUAUGCUAUUCCGAUGCUGCAGUUGCUUCUCCACAAGAAGGCGACGGGUCCUGUAAUGGAACAAGCUGUGAGAGGCCUUGUCCUCGUUCCUACUAAGGAACUGGCGCGGCAGGCCCAGUCAAUGAUUCAGCAGCUGGCUGCCUACUGUGCUCGGGAUGUGCGAGUGGCUAACGUCUCAGCUGCUGAAGACUCCGCUUCCCAGAGAGCUGUGUUGAUGGAGAAGCCAGAUGUGGUGGUGGGGACCCCAUCCCGAGUAUUAAACCACUUACAGCAAGACAGCUUGAAGCUCCGUGACUCCCUGGAGCUGCUGGUGAUAGACGAAGCUGACCUUCUCUUUUCCUUUGGCUUUGAGGACGAACUCAAGAGUCUUCUCUGUCACUUGCCUCGGAUUUACCAGGCCUUUCUCAUGUCGGCCACUUUCAAUGAUGACGUACAAGCUCUGAAGGAGCUGGUACUACAUAACCCGGUUACCCUCAAGUUACAGGAGUCCCAGCUGCCAGGGCCAGAGCAACUGCAGCAGUUUCAGGUGGUCUGUGAGACGGAAGAAGACAAAUUCUUGCUGCUGUAUGCCCUGCUCAAGCUCUCGCUGAUUCGGGGCAAAGCCUUGCUCUUUGUCAACACUCUGGAAAGGGGUUACCGGCUGCGGCUCUUCCUGGAACAGUUCAGCAUUCCGUCCUGCGUGCUCAAUGGAGAGCUCCCGCUGCACUCCAGGUGCCACAUCAUCUCACAGUUCAACCAAGGCUUCUAUGAUUGUGUCAUAGCAACAGAUGCUGAAAUCCUGGGACCACCAGUCAAAGGCAAGCGGCGAGGCCGAGGGGCCAGAGGAGACAACGCCUCUGAUCCAGAGUCAGGUGUGGCCCGGGGCAUAGACUUCCACCACGUAUCUGCAGUACUCAACUUUGAUCUCCCUCCCACUCCAGAAGCCUAUGUUCAUCGAGCUGGCAGGACAGCUCGAGCCAACAACCCAGGCAUAGUUCUGACCUUUGUGCUGCCCACAGAACGGUCUUGCUUGGGAAAGAUUGAGGCGCUUCUCAGUGGAGAGGGCGAGGCUCCCAUCCUGCUUCCCUACCAGUUCCAGAUGGAGGAGAUUGAAAGCUUUCGCUAUCGCUGCAGGGAUGCUAUGCGCUCAGUGACCAAACAGGCCAUUCGAGAGGCGAGACUGAAGGAGAUCAAGGAGGAACUUCUACACUCAGAGAAGCUCAAGACAUACUUUGAAGACAAUCCCAGGGACCUCCAGCUGCUACGCCAUGAUCUGCCCCUGCAUCCUGCGGUGGUAAAGCCUCAUCUGGGCAAUGUCCCUGACUACUUGGUUCCUGCUGCUCUUCGUGGCCUUGUACAACCUCGGAAGAAACGGAGAAAGCUGCCCUCCUCUAGGAAGGCUAAGAAGGUGAAGACUCAGAACCCACUGCGUGACUUCAAGCACAGGGGAAAGAAACCUAAACCCACAACGAAGCCCUCUUGAGGUGGCUUGGGCCUGAAGACACUGAAUUGGGCAUCUUGACCUGGAUGGAGUGAGUGGGCUUCCCACGUUUUGUGGGCACACUCUGAUGCUCACUGUCUGGACAGACUGAACUUCGAAGUGGCAGACUUGGGCGCUCCAUCUUCCUGGUACUACUGGACUACCAUCCUGCUUAACAGAAUAAAGAUUCCAGCUGCCCCACCCGGGCUGUGAGCCUCUGGCAUCUGGGAAGACACUGCUUUCCCAAAUCUCCAAAGUUAAUAAACUUUUAUAAAGUGGUUCUGCUGGAUGCAGUGCCUGGUUUGGCAAGCAGAGGUCAGCUGUGUAAGCCAUGAGAAGCCUGUCCCGAUUCUGCUGGUCCAGUGUUGGUUGUGUUCGGCUGACCAGAGCCCUGUAUCAAGUCUGUGAUUCUACUGAUCCAGAUCGGCUGAUAGGUGGACUUGUGUUCCCAGGUCAGGGCCUUCCUGAUCACAAGCCCCUGGCUCUCACCAGCACAUACAUGUUCACAUUCAGAGGGAAAGGUCACUGAGCCCUGGGAGCCAGGGCAGCUGGCCUCCCUUGCUGGGUGAAUUCAUGUGCCUGGGUAAUCUGUUGUAGCUGUAACAGGUCCUACACUUUGUUUUUCGAGACAGGGUUUCUCAGUGUAGCUUUUAGAACCUGUCCUGGCACUAGCUCUUGUAGACUAGGCUGGCCUUGAACUCAUAGAGAUCCGCCAGCCUCUGCCUUCAGAGUGCUGGGAUUAAAGGCAUGCGCCAGGCCCUACACUUUUAGGGGCUGAAAUGACUUAGGCUGUGGAGAAAAUGUUCCCUGUGUUUUCUGAAUCUAAAUAGGGAGAGUGUAGAGCUCACUGUCUUAGGGUUACUGUUGCUGUGAUGAAACGCAGUGAGCAAAGCCCCUUGGGGAGGAGAGGGUUUGUUUAUUUUGAAGUUCAUACAACAGUUCAUCCAAAGCAGUGGGGGCAGGAGCUGAUGCAGAGGCCAUGGAGGAGGAUGCUUAAUGGCUUGCUCAGCCUGCUUGCUUAUAGAGCCCAGGGCUGCCAGCCCUAGAAUGGCACAACCCACAACGAGCUGGGCCCUCACCCCCAUCAAUCACUAAGAAAAUGCCCUACAGUUACGCCUACAGCCUGAUUGUAAGGAGGGAGGGUUUUUCUUAAUUUGAGAUGUCCUCUCAAGUGACGCGAGCUUGUGUCAAGUUGACAUAAAACUGUCCAGCACACUCAUUCUACACCCAAAUGGCCUUCUUGUGUGAAGAAUCAGAUGCUUGGGACUGGCAGGGUUGUCUCUUAGACUCCGUUUGAGAAUGAAGUCUAAAGUAGGACAAGGGGGCUGGAGAGAUGGCUCAGAGGUUAAUAGCAUUGCCUGCUCUUCCAAAGGUCCUGAGUUCAAUUCCCAACAACCACAUGGUGGCUCACAACCAUCUGUAAUGGGGUCUGGUGCCCUCUGCUGACCUGCAGAAUAUUGUAUACAUAA